AUGGAGACCAUCAGCCAGACGCUGGAACAUGUAUUGGUCACAGCUCAUCAUCAGAACUGUCUGACUGUGGGAGUUUAUGAGUCUGCAAAAUUCCUGAAUGAAGAUCCGGAUGGCGCGGUGCUGUGUGUGCUGGCCCUUGAUGAGGAGGAUGAAGAUGACGCUGCGCUGCAGAUUCACUUCAAACUGCUGCAGGCUUUCUGCUACGACAAUUACCUCGACAUCCUGCGAGUGACGGGAAUGCGGCAGCUGGCUCAGCUGCUGGAGGACACCAACACUAGCAACAGAAACGAAUCCAGGGACCUGCAUUGCAUCUUGGUCACUAACCCUUCUGAGCAGAUUCUGCAGUGCCAGGCUCUUCAGCAGCUCGCCAAGUUCUGCGAGGAGAGCCGCCACAGGUACGAGUGGCUCCCCCACCUUGAGCUGCAGGACCGCUGA